AUGAACUACAGGCCGUAUUAUGACCCCGAGACGUUUGCGUCUCCGGUGGCCGUGACGACAUCGCUUCCUGGGCAGGCCAAAUUGAGGACGGAGUUCGACUUUGACUAUUUGGAUGACCUGAACCAGAGCCCCGUUGGGCAGGUGGGUCUGUCGAUUGCCAAGUUCUACUCCCGCAUGGUGGUCGUUCAGCCCUUCGAUGUGGCCAAAUUCCUUGUCCAGGUAAGCGACGUGGGCAACCGCGGAGGGGCACAGUUGUAUGAGGAUGAACUCGAAGAUAGCGAUGAGGAGGAAAUUGACUACUUUUUGGAUACGUCUUCUCCUACGCCAAGGCAGAUUACGCUCAAGAGCGCCAAGUUGCGCAAGCUCACUAAAGAAAUGCAAUUAGUUAAAUCGGAUCCGGCUCUCUCUGCUUUUCCUGAAGCCACGCCUGUGCAGAAUGCUUAUAUCUGGAAUAUGAUCUCUUUGGUGGCUGAGAAAGAGGGCCCCGUGGGGAUGUGGAAGGCGAUGCACACCUCAUGUCUCUACCAGGCCAGUAAAGGUCUUCUGUACGCAUGGCUAUGUGGCCUUCUAUCGUCUCUCGUGGGAGUCCAGGACCCUUUGAUUCUAGAUGUUUUACAGAGCCCCGAUCCGUUAAUGGCCGUGGCCGUGACUACUGUUGCCAGUGGGCUGGCGGCUGCGUUGCUUGCACCUCUAGCGGUCAUUCGGGCCCGGUUCAUCGUGACUGUGAUGCAGAUUGGUCCCAGGUCGCUGCGAGGUGCCCUGCUGGGGCUGAAAAGCAUUGUCGGGCCGGUCUCCGUGGCAGUGCCCUCUGCAGCAUCUUCAAGCAUUAUCCAACUAGUCGAUUCAGCUACACCUUAUCUGCUGUUCAAGCACUGGAAUAUUGACCAGUUCAGGUAUCGAGGUAUGUACCACUGCAUGGUUUUGUGCUCCAAGUUGUUGGCGCUGGCGUUCAAAAUCCCCCUCGACACGUUUGCGAAUCGCGCAGCCGUCGCGAGCCAAAACCUCGACCCCAAGACAUUAAUUGUAGUCCCCAGACCUUACAAUGGAAUGCUGUACAGCCUGUGGGACAUCUUUUCCGGUAAAGAUUCCAUUUUAUCCCUUUAUAGAGGCUGGAGACCCGAGUUGCUAGGAUGCAUUGGCGCGUGGGGUGUUGACGCGAUUGAUGUAAAUAGUGCCGAGAAGGAGCGGUUCUAA